AAUUUACCAUUUCUAUUUAUAAUUCUACCACGCUCGUUACAGUUUCGGCAAUACUAUUUUCCAAUCGAUCGUGAUGAACGCAGAUAAAAUACGUACAAUGAUCAUCAGAGUUGAACUGAAUCAUACGAUGGAGCGAUAACGCUGCUUAAAUACCGAGGGAUGGUCCUUCAAGCAGCAGUUAUCAAAACAAAGUGACUGCACAAAGCUACGUAAGGUGUUGUUGAAUGGGGUAAGAGAAAUGCCAAAGAACCGGAAGUACUUAGCUGGAAGGUGCAUAUGAUAGACAACGGUAUUAAGCAAUAUCCAUGCACAUAAGUGGUUACGCACGAGAACCGGUUCUCCUGAAUUGUUACACUUGGAAAGGCUAAACUGUCCGUACGGCUCGAAACGGCCCAAGGUGAAAGUAGAAUGAUAAAAGAAAGAUCUCAAGUUUUCAGAAUGAGGAUCACUCGCUGAAACGUCCGGAUGGCAUGCGUUACGUGACUAAAGGAAAAAUGCACGCGCUGUUUAAUUGCAAUUUUGUAACUGGACUCUUACGUUCGGUAUGGGCUGUUGGCUAACCUAAUUCGCAAAGUUGAUCGUACCUUGCGAUCGUAUCGUGUACACCGACGUGAACGUAACUACGUUUGACACACGUAUCGCGGUCUGAUCAUUGUCGCAUUAAAUUACGAUUAAAGGGGACGUUGUGGAAAGACAACGGUACACUACCAAAUUUGUUUACAAUGGCUGUGCCUAACAAGUGGGAGAAUGUUUGUAGAUUAUGCUCGGAAGAGAAGAACGAGAUGCUGUCGAUUUUUGGCAAUGAAGGUGUACAACGUAAAGUGGCGCAAAAGCUACGUGCCUGCCUGCCAGUCUUAGUGUACAAAACCGAUCCACUGCCAAAGCAAAUAUGUCAGUUCUGUGCCGCCAGGCUGGAUGACGUUUACGAGUUCAGAGAAUAUUGUUUAAGCGUUUACAAGAGCAUGCAUUUGAAGCUGUUAGCUUAUAAGAAUGUUGAAUCUGUUCAAAUUUAUUUAGAAGCGAUGAAAAAUUCCCCAGAUCCUUGUCAGGCUCAACUAUGGAGAGAAAAAGCUAGAGCACCGCCACCUUUAGUACCUUUGCCAGUUUCACUGCCAGUUGAAAGUCCAUCAAUGUCAAUGGAUGUUAGCCAGGAGCAUCAAAAUAAUUGCAUGGAGUCGUUACCUGAAUUACCAUGUGAAGUAGAGAUCAAAGAAAUGACUACAGAACCAAUAUUAGGAACAAGUGUUAAUGUGUACGAAUCGUCACAUAAAAAUAAUGUAGAAAAUGAACUGUAUAAUAAAUUAGAUAUAAUAAUGGAACAAAAUACAAGUUUAUUAAAAGAGGAAAGCAAUAACUUGAGACAAGGAGUACAAGUAAAGGAGGAAGAAAAGAGGACGAGUAUUUUAGAACAAGUGCUAAUGGGUAGUUUGACAAUGAACGACAGAAAAGACUUAAAUUCAAAAACAAAGCUAUCCUCUAAGUGGUGGUGUGCUCCUUGCAAUAGUUAUUACAGGACAAAGGAAAGUUUAAUGAAACACAUGCAAUUACAUUGUCCAAGAAAGUACAAUUGCAGAAAAUGUUCUGCUUGCUUUGAGUUGGUAGAAGACUUGGCUAAACAUGAAGCUACCAAUCACUUAAAAGUAACGUUAGACUUUGAUAGAAGUGUUCUAGAUUGUGAUCAAUGUGACAGACAAUUUGUUAGUUGGGAAAUGCUGAAAAAACACAGAUUAUGUGAUCAUUUAACUCAAAUAAAUGAAAUUGGGUCCAAUACAUGGUGCUCCUUAUGCAAUAGAUUUUUUCCAAGUAUGGAAAAUUAUCAAAGUCAUAUUCAGUUACAUGAAAUCAGUAAUUAUACAUCAACAAAAGCAUUACAAUUAAUGAAUCAACAGUCAGUAAAGGUUCUCAAAAAUGAAGAAACUUCAAAGGAAGUAAAGAGGGAACACUUUGCAGAUGCUUCUAAAUCACUUACUUGUCCUACUUGUGGAAAAAUCUGUACUCAACAAAGUGCGUUAUCAAAUCAUAUGCGCACUCAUGAACCAAAAAGACAUAAAUGUGAUAUAUGUGGACGAUCAUUUGGACUUUUUAUACGUUUAGCAGCCCAUAGAAUGAGCGAACACAGUCAACAACCUACAAUGUCGCCCGUAAUGGCUAGUGUUGAACAAGAAGAAGCUUUGAAUGCUGAAAGAGAAGCUAAAGAAGCAAGAGAAGCCAAAACUCGCGCAUCAAAAACUAGAACAUAUUCAGAGAUGAUAGAAAGAGAGGAUAUUCCUAACCAUGAAGAACCACCUCCAAAAAGAAAUGUUCCAUUAAAUACCAAUGCAUUUAAAAAUGUGGCAAGAUGUGGUAUCUGUUUACAAUGGUUUAGUGAUCACACUACGAUGUUAACGCAUUUACAAACACAUUCGGAUAAUUACACUUGUAAAAAUUUCACCUGCCAUAUAUGUAAAAAAUCUUUUAAAGAAAAGUGGCAAUUAUUUAGACACGAGGUAUCUCAUAAACCAACUGACUCUGCAACAAUGUACACAUGCACAGUAUGCAACAAAUCGUUCGUAGAUAAAAAUACGUAUAAAAUGCAUCAGAAAACGCACAUUGUUGACAAAACAUAUCACUGUCCUAAGUGUAAUAAGAUAUUUUUUAAAGAAGUAUGUUUGCUAACUCAUCAGUGCACAGAAACUGUGUUCAGUAAAAAAGCAGUUUCCUCAAAAUCUUCGCAAAAGUCUGCCUCGUUGAGUAACAGCAAAAGGUAUAAAUGUUCCAAAUGUAAUGCGUCUUUCAAUAGUUUUCAGUCGAAAAAUUCUCAUAUGAGAGUGCACAUGGAAAGUUCACAUACAACGGUACGAAAGCAAGAUUUAAAGGAAGAAUCAGAAGAAGAAAAAACUAUGCCGAAAUUAAUUCCUGAGACGUCAUUGGAAUAUUCGGUUUCUACUAUCGAACCGAAAAUAGAAAUAAAUGAAGAAAGUACACCACCUCCAGUUAAACGAACUUUAAUCAGGACAACCGGCGGGUAUCGCUGUGGAGUAUGUCAGUCUCCAUUUAUUUUACGAGAAUUAGCUGUUGCACAUUUGAGAUCUGCACAUCCUUUGAUGCCAUAUCAAUGCCCUUACUGUAAAAAAAGGUUUACCACGCAAUAUACAUUCACACAUCAUAUUAAAGCAGAUCAUCCUGAUGAGCAUGAGAAUUGAACUGUACAAACGAAUAUGCCAAAUGGUUGUUAUACCAUAAAAUAAUGCCUUUAAGAAUGGUAACUUUUGUUUAUAUACGAAAGACGUAUAAUUACAUAUAAAUAUAUAUAUAUAUAUAUAUAUGUAUAUAUAUAUUAACAGUUAUCGGUUUUACGCUGAAACUGUAUUAUUUGAUAAUCUGGCAUUCUAGUUCCUGAACAAAAUAAUUGGCCUUAAAUAAAAAAUUUUGUAGUUCUGUUUCAUGAAAAGUAGGAAAGAAAAUAUAUGUAAGUAUACACACAUACACACACACACACGCACGCACGCACACACACAUAUACAUAUGUAUGUACAUAUAUACAUUCAUAUACGAUAUAUUCAUAAAUAAAUAUAGAUUGUGUUGAUCGAAAUAUAGUUUUUAAUAAUAAAUAAGUAUGAUUUAUUAAUAGGAGACUGGAAUAGAACUAGUACUUAUACUAAACGUGCCUGUUUGAGUACUGUAUCAUAGUGCUGUAUGAACUUUUAGUCAAAUUGAUUUAUGAAUGCUGAAAAAUUCUGUAUUAUUGUAUUAGAUAUUAUAUGUAUCGUUCAUUAGCGAUACCUCUAUGGAGUUGUAUACAUGUGUUGUCUGUUAUAUCAUAUAUUAGCGUUAACAGGUAUUCCUUCUUUUUUUUUCAUAAGGAGAUUCUA